AUGUGUACUGUCACGUGUUUAAUUGCAUUUGCUGUCAAGCAUAAUUGGUCUUUAUUUCAAUUAGAUGUUAACAACGCAUUUUUGCAUAGGGACUUGGAUGAAGAGGCUUCACGGAAGUGGUAUGCCAAGCUGUCUCAGGCCCUUUGCUCUAGAGGUUAUACACAUUCUCUAAAUGACUAUUCUCACUUUAUUAGAAAAACUACUCUUUCUGUUGUCUCUCUUGUUGUAUAUGUGGAUGAUAUCAUUCUCACUGGGGAUGAUUUGGAUGAAAUAAUUGUCUUGAAAAGUUUUUUGGAUGCUGAAUUCAAAAUCAAAGACUUGGGCCUCCUGAAUUAUUUCCUUUUGUUUUUCUCUCUUGAUUUGUCUACUAAAUUGAAGUCUGAUGUUGGGAAUCUUCUCCCUAGGCCUGAUUCUUAUAGAAGUCUUAUUGGAAAACUUAACUUCCUUAACCAUACUAGGUCGGACUUGUGUUUUGCGGUCCAACACCUUAGUCCGUUUCUUAAAACUCCUAGAGCUCCUCAUAUGGCUGCUGCGUUGCAUGUCUUACGGUAUCUGAAGGGUACUGCACAUGCUGGGGGAUUUCUGAAUAAUACUCCUGACCUCUCUUUGUUUGGCUAUUGCGAUAGCAAUUGGGCUUCCUGCCCCGACUCUCGCCGUUGA